AUGAACUCUUCCCUUCUCUCCUCACAGGGCAUUCGAGGGAUUGACGGGGGUCAGGGUUCAAAGGGAAACAUAGGAGCCGCCGGAGAGGUCGGAGCUAACGGACAGCAAGGCAACCCUGGCAUUCUGGGUUUUCCUGGUCCUCAGGGGUUAGUCGGGCUGCCAGGAGAGAAGGGACCUCAAGGGAAGAAAGGGACGCAGGGCUUAGCUGGAAACGACGGGCCCUCUGGUCAUCCCGGAAGAGAAGGGACUCCAGGGGAAAAAGGACUGCCGGGUCCUUUAGGAGUGCAGGGACCCAUUGGUUACCCCGGACAACGAGGAGUCAAGGGAGCAGAUGGAAUCCGAGGAUUAAAAGGAAGCAAAGGAGAAAAGGGGGAAGAUGGUUUCCCAGGAUCCAAAGGGGAGUAUGGAACAAAGGGGGACGUUGGAGACAACGGAGUCAUAGGAGGCCGAGGAGAAGACGGACCCGAGGGGCCCAAAGGAACGACGGGGCCUCUGGGAGAAUUCGGACAAUCUGGUACCUCUGGAGAGAAGGGUAAACUGGGAGUUCCUGGACUUCCAGGAUAUCCAGGGCGACUGGGGCCGAAG